AGGAUCAGGCUUGAGCUCAAUGUUUAUAGCCCAACACAAUUUUUACCUUCUUGCCCUCUUCAUCAUUUUGGCGGGAAACCGUACCCCGUAGAAAGCCGAAUCCAACGCCCCAAAACAACAAAUCGCCCAUUUUUCAUCCGCCUCUUAUUGUUGCCCCUCAAACAUACUGUUGAAGUCCCCAAACAAUGGCAGCAGCAGAAGAGCAAGAGCUAGGCCCAGAACAGUUGGAGGAGGAAUUCUCAGUAUGGAAGAAGAACACCCCAUUCCUCUAUGACCUUGUCAUCUCUCAUCCUCUCGAGUGGCCGUCUCUCACUGUCCAAUGGGUUCCCCUCUCGGCCCCACUUCCUCAUCCCACCGCUCCUUCUUCUUACGCUGUACACAGGCUGGUCCUUGGAACCCAUACGUCCGAUGAUUUCCCCAACUUCCUCAUGAUUGCUGACGCUGUCCUGCCUACCCGCACAGCUGAAGCCAAGAUUGAUUGCCAAUCUGAAAGUUCUUUGAUUCCUAAGGUGCAAAUAACUCAGAAGAUACGUGUUGAUGGAGAGGUGAAUCGUGCACGGUGUAUGCCUCAGAACCCAGCUAUUGUUGCUGUAAAGACGAGUGGUUGUGAGGCUUAUGUGUUUGAUUCUACCAAACAGGCUGAGAAGCAACAGCAGGAUGGUUGUGAUCCUGAUUUGAGGUUGAGGGGUCAUGAUAAAGAAGGAUAUGGGUUGUCUUGGAGUCCCUUUAAGCAGGGUUAUCUUGUCAGCGGUUCACAUGAUCAUAAAAUAUGUUUGUGGGAUUUGUCUGCUACUGCUCUAGAUAAAGCGCUUGAUGCUAUGCAUGUUUAUGAGUCUCAUGAGAGUGUUGUUGAAGACGUGUCGUGGCACUUGAAGAACGAGAAUUUAUUUGGUUCUGUGGGUGAUGAUUGUCUAUUAAUGAUCUGGGACUUGCGCACAAAUCAAGCCCAACAUUCUGUUAAGGCUCAUGAAAAGGAGGUUAAUUAUCUUUCUUUCAAUGCUUAUAAUGAAUGGAUUCUUGCUACAGCAUCCUCAGACGCUACUGUUGGCCUGUUUGAUAUGCGGAAGCUGACUGUGCCUUUGCAUGUUUUAAGUGGUCACACAGAAGAGGUCUUCCAGGUGGAGUGGGACCCUAAUCAUGAAACGGUACUAGCAUCUACUGCUGAUGACAGAAGGGUUAAUGUUUGGGAUCUGAACAGGAUUGGAGAGGAGCAAUUAGAGUUAGAUGCUGAUGAUGGCCCUCCUGAACUUCUUUUCUCUCAUGGUGGUCACAAGGCUAAGAUCUCAGAUUUUUCAUGGAACAAAAAUGAGCCCUGGGUCAUUUCAAGUGUAGCUGAUGACAACACUCUGCAAGUGUGGCAAAUGGAUGAGGGUAUUUAUCGUGAUGAUGAUGAUGAUGAUAUUGUCGUUGCUGAUGACCAUCAGUAGAUCAAAGAUAAGCUUAAAGCUAAUGUUUCCUUUGUAGCUUAAGCGUUAACCAUGAUGCUUUUGUCGUAAACAUGAUCAGAAAUUGUAUUUUAAUGCACCCAGCAAUCUCUGAUAAUUUUAUUUUUAGGCCUAAAAAAUUUGAAAGUUAAACAUGCGUCGAUUUUAGCCUCACCUUCUAAUUUUGUUUAUUAUUAUUAUAUUAUGCUACAGAAGGAUACACUUUUGCUGUUAUUAAGCACAGUAAAAGAACCCUCCUGUCU